AUGUCACAGACCAGUCCGAUUCCAAUUGUCUGCCCUGCAGCGAUACAGCUAGCAGAGCGUCAAUGGCCUCAUCCUGUGAUGAGAAUCUCUGGUUGGAGGUCGACAUACAAACUAAGGGUAGAUGUGAUGCAGAAAAGACUGCGGAAGAUUGUCUUCUUUCGGGCUGGUGUUGAUUGUAGCAACCUCAUAAUUGACCCUGUCGUGAAGAUAUUUUUCAACAAGGUUCAGAUUUGUAUCUCAACAACAACAUCCGACUCACAACAUCCGUCCAUCUCCCAGCCUACCUCCCAACUACCCUCUAACCCUGCCAAUCCUACUAACCCUACCUCUCAGCCUACCUCUAACCCUUCCUCUAACCCUACCAAUCCUACUAACCCCACAUCUCAGCCUACCUCUAACCCUUCCUCUAACCCUACCUCUCAGCCUAUCUCUAACCCUACCAAUCCUGCUAACCCCACCUCUCAGCCUACCUCUAACCCUUCCUCUAACCCUACCUCUCAGCCUAUCUCUAACCCUACCAAUCCUGCUAACCCCACCUCUAACCCUUCCUCUAACCCUACCUCUCAGCCUAUCUCUAACCCUACCAAUCCUGCUAACCCCACCUCUCAGCCCACCUCUAACCCUUAUAUUAACCCUACCUUCCAGUCUAACUCUAACCCUACCACUAGCCCCACCACUAACCUUGUACCAUCCUCCAAUCUAACCUUGGAUUUUGUAGCAUGA